UCCAUUUGAAGCAGGGCGCCGUCUCCGUCACCUCCCUUCAGGCAGAAGACACGUCACAGAGGUGCUGAUCUCCACCGCCAGCCGCAACCAUGAACGGCACAGAGGGACCUUAUUUCUACGUCCCUAUGGUCAACACCACCGGGAUCGUCCGGAGUCCGUAUGAGUACCCGCAGUACUAUCUAGUCAACCCGGCAGCCUUCGCAGCCCUGGGGGCCUACAUGUUCCUGCUCAUCCUCCUGGGCUUCCCCAUCAACUUCCUCACUCUGUACGUCACCAUCGAACACAAGAAGCUGCGAACCCCUCUGAACUACAUCCUGCUGAACCUGGCGGUGGCCAACCUCUUCAUGGUGUUUGGCGGCUUCACCACGACAAUGUACACCUCCAUGCACGGCUACUUUGUCCUCGGACGUCUCGGCUGCAACUUGGAAGGCUUCUUUGCCACUAUGGGUGGUGAAAUUGCCCUCUGGUCGCUCGUGGUUCUGGCCAUCGAAAGGUGGGUGGUCGUCUGCAAGCCCAUCAGCAACUUCCGCUUCGGAGAGAAUCACGCCAUCAUGGGUCUAGUGUUCACCUGGCUCAUGGCCUGCGCCUGUGCUGUGCCCCCCCUGGUGGGCUGGUCUCGUUACAUCCCCGAGGGCAUGCAGUGCUCAUGUGGGGUCGACUACUACACCCGUGCAGAGGGCUUCAACAACGAGUCCUUUGUGGUCUACAUGUUUAUCUGCCACUUCCUCACUCCCUUGUUCGUGGUCUUCUUCUGCUAUGGCCGUCUGCUGUGUGCGGUCAAGGAGGCCGCCGCCGCCCAGCAGGAGUCCGAGACCACCCAGCGUGCUGAGAGGGAGGUCACCCGCAUGGUCGUCAUCAUGGUCAUCGCCUUCCUGGUGUGUUGGGUUCCCUACGCCAGUGUGGCCUGGUGGAUCUUCACUCACCAGGGCUCCGAGUUUGGACCCGUCCUCAUGACCAUCCCGGCUUUCUUUGCCAAGAGUUCAGCCAUCUACAACCCACUGAUCUACAUCUUCAUGAACAAGCAGUUCCGCCACUGCAUGAUCACCACCCUGUGCUGUGGUAAGAAUCCCUUCGAAGAGGAGGAAGGAGCGUCCACCUCCGCCUCCAAGACCGAGGCCUCCUCCGUGUCCUCCAGCUCCGUGUCUCCUGCGUAAAAGGUUCCGCCAUCUGAGAGGACCACUUCUGCUCUACCUGGGAAAUGACCGAUGGCUGCCAGCAAAAGAAAUAUCUUUUUUUUUUUUUUACAAACCAGUUGGUUCAACCUAAAGACAGUUGCAGGAAAGAUCAGCCCACUACUGAGUUGUUCCUGUGUGUACAGACAUCCAACAUGCUGAGGUGUGUCCCCCACCCCCAGAGAGGGAAAAAAAUGUUGGAUCUUAUACUGGCUUUUCUUUGAAUGUAGAGGCAUGUAACCAAGGCAACGUAAAUAAAACGCACUUUGCAAACGA